GUUCUUAGGCUUCAGAGUUCUGUCAGCAUGCCUGAGCCAUCCAAGUCAGCGCCCGCCCCGAAAAAGGGCUCGAAGAAGGCGGUGACCAAGGCGCAGAAGAAGGACGGCAAGAAGCGCAAGCGCAGCCGCAAGGAGAGCUACUCCGUCUACGUGUACAAGGUGCUCAAGCAGGUCCACCCCGACACCGGCAUCUCGUCCAAGGCCAUGGGCAUCAUGAACUCCUUCGUCAACGACAUCUUUGAGCGCAUCGCCGGCGAGGCGUCGCGCCUGGCGCAUUACAACAAGCGCUCGACCAUCACUUCGCGGGAGAUCCAGACGGCCGUGCGGCUGCUGCUGCCAGGCGAGCUGGCCAAGCACGCCGUGUCCGAGGGCACCAAGGCCGUCACCAAGUACACCAGCUCCAAGUGAGCGCACGCGCCGCUCCCUGCAACCCAAAGGCUC